AUGGGUCAACUAAUUGGUUUAGAACUGCAUAAUUUCAAGUCGUACAAAGGAACGCACAAUGUUGGAUUCGGUAACAAGCAUUUUAUAAGCAUUGUAGGGCCUAAUGGGUCUGGAAAAUCAAAUAUGAUGGAUGCUAUAUCAUUUGUUUUAGGUAUAAGGAGUAGUCAUUUGAGAUCAAAUGCUCUUGUGGAUUUAAUUUAUAGAGGUAGAAUGGAUGAGAAGACUGCUGAAGAAGAUUCAAAUCCGGAUUCAGCUUAUGUUAAAGCCUUCUACCGAAAAACUAUUAAUGAGGAAGAAGCUAAUGAGGAAGAAGAUAUCGUCGAGUUCAUGCGAACAAUUCAUAAUACAGGUGAUAGCACAUAUAAUAUCAACGGCAAUGUUGUUAGUUUUAAAGAAUAUAAUCGAAUUCUAGAAGGGGAAAGUAUUCUUGUGAAAGCUAGAAACUUUUUAGUAUUCCAGGGUGAUGUCGAACAAAUUGCAUCGCAGUCCAGUUUAGAGCUAACUAAGCUGUUUGAGCAAGUUUCAGGAUCUAUUCAGUACCAAAGAGAGUAUGAACGGUUAAAAGAGGAAUAUAAGGCAGCUACAGCGGACUACAACGAAGCCUUAAAGUCGAAAAGGAAAAUGCAAACCGACUUGAAGAGUUUCAAAGAGGGAGUGCAAAAGGAAGAACAGUAUAAAAAUCUUCUAGCAGAGCGGAGUAAGCUUAAUGUGCAAUAUGUUCUCUGGCAACUGUAUCAUUUACAAGAGAAAAGAAAUGAACUGACAUCUUCUUUAAAGAGCUCGAGAUCGCAGUUAUCGUCCCUCAAAAGUAAGCUAGCAAAUGAGGAAUCAAUUUUGAACAAAACUAGGUCUUUAUUGGCUAAGGAAGAGCUUGCAAUAACUAGACGUAAGGAACUUAUUUUCCAGCGGCAGCAUCAACUCACUAACCUGAAUGCCAAAUUGUUACCAGUGAAUAGUGCCAAACAAGGUGUACAAAAGCGGAUAUCGAAUCUUGAAAACAGGAUUGCCUCCUUACAAAGAGAUAUAGAUAGACAAGAAUCAUAUGUCGCGCAAUUCCAAAAUCAAUUAAAGGUUGUGAAUAAGGCUAACGCAGCUGUUGAAAAAGAGAUAAAAAGCUCUGCAUCUGGAAAGUUCAAUAUGAGUGAAGCAGAUCUCCAUGAAUAUGAAAGUUUAAAGGAAUCUUAUCUGUGUUCUGGCGGCUUUGAUUUGGAGGGAAAAUUGACUUUACUUCAUAAUAAGAAAGAAGAGUUAGUUGAAGAACUUCGUUUGGUGAAGAAGAAAGUAGAAAUUUCAAAAGCCAGGAUUUCAAAGGAAUUAAAGGUUGACCACGAGAGGUUGGAGUUCGAGGUUGCUGAAACGUCAAAAACCUUAAACGACAAGAAUGCUCUCCAUUCGAAAAAGUCUAAAGAGUGGAAGAAGGUCCAAACCACCAUUGAAUCAGCAAAUAAUAAAGAAUAUGAGUUGAAUUUUAAAUUGAAAGAGAUAUUAGUUAAAUUAGAUGACUUGAGUGCUACUCAGAGAGAAACGAAUAAAGAAAGAAAACUAAGGGAAAAUGUUGCAACGUUGAGGAGAUUGUUUCCUGGUGUCAAAGGCCUGGUCCAUGACCUAUGUAAACCAAAAAAGGAUAAGUAUGCAGUCGCAUUGGCUCCGAUAUUGGGUAAGAAUUUUGAUGCUGUUAUUGUAGACUCGUUUUCCGUCGCCCAGCAAUGCAUAUCGUAUCUAAAAAAACAGAGAGCAGGAGUAGUAUCUUUUAUUCCACUAGAUACGAUUGAUACCCAUGCUGCAACUUUACCUGCAGGAAAUUUAAAGGGCUGUAUCUUGACAAUUAAUACUCUUGACUAUGAUCCUGCAUUGGAAAAGGCAAUGCAAUAUAUCUGCUCUGAUACCAUCAUAUGUGACGAUAUCGCAAUCGCAAAGGAAUUGAAAUGGGUUAGGGGUGUAAAAGCUAAGUUGAUCACUUUAGAUGGUUCGCUUAUUCAUAGGGCUGGUCUUAUGACUGGUGGUAUUAGUAAAAAUAGUACUAAUCGCUGGGACAAAGAAGAAUACCAAAGUCUACUACUGCUGAAGGAGAAAGUUACUGGGGAGAUUUCAGAAUUGGUUUCUCAGUUGCGCCAAGAAUCAAUGACUUCUAGGGACCUAGAAAACGAAGUAUCCAUGUUGAGCACCGAAAUAUCCACGUUGAGAACUCACUUUAAUCAACUAAACCGUUCUCUAUCAGAGAAAAUUACAGAAAUUAAUUACCAUGAAAACAUGAUUAACGAUGAAUAUUCUCCGAAGGUGGCCAGCUUAGAUGCAAAACUCAAAGCAGUUGACGAAGAACUGUCACUUGUUAAUGGCGAAAAAGCGAAACUACAAGAAACAAUAUAUAAAGAAUUUUCUGCAAGACUAGGAUUCACCAUUAAGGAUUAUGAACAGCAUACUGGAGAAACGGUAAGGGAGCAUUCUAAGGAACUUCAACAUUUACAAAAACAACUGGCAACGAUCCAAAAUAAACUAGACUUUGAAAAGGAUAGACUGGAAAGCACAAAGCUUAAACAUGGCAAAGCGUUAAACAACUUAGCAAAGGUGAAGCAAGAGCUAGAAGAAUUGGAGAAGCAAAAAUCUGAUAUAAAGACGGAGAUUGAGAGAGUUGAACUUCAACUUUCUGAAGAAAGAAAUGAAGUUGAAGAGUUACAAGUUAAGCUGAAGAAAAAAUCCGCAAAUAUCAAGCUAUUGGAUGAAUCAAUAAAUGAAUUUAAUGAUAGUAUACAGGUUUGCAAGAAGGAUAUGGACGCGUUGAAAGAGGAUAUCGAGAAGAUUGGUAUUGAAAAAGUAAACCUCUUAAAAAACUGUAAAAUGAGUAAUGUUGAACUCCCUUUGGACAAUUCAGUAUUAGAUGAAUUACCGAUCGAGAGAAUAGAUACUCAAACUAUCGAGCUUGCGAAUAGCAUUGCGAUCGAUUAUUCUCUUCUUCCUGCUAAGUACAAGGAGAGUAACAACAAUGUAACUCGUGUAGAAUUUGAAAAGAGCAUUAAAGAAGUGGAGGAAAAUUUACGGGCACUGCAACCAAAUUCUAAGGCUUUAGAAAGAUUUGAUGAAGCAAAGCAUCAGUUUAAUUCAGUAGCAUUUGAAAGUGAAAAAUUAAAGGACAUAGAAAGAAGGUCAAAGGAGAAGUAUUUCUCCAUUAAGGAUAAACGAGUAGCCGCCUUCAUGGCAUGUUACAAUCAUGUUACAGAUCACAUAGAUAAAAUUUACAGAGAAUUAACAAGGAAUCCUGGAUCAAGUGCGGAAUUGGCCGGAGGGAGUGCAUCUUUAACCCUAGAAGAUGAGGAUGAGCCUUUCCUUGGUGGAGUUAGGUAUCAUGCUACUCCUCCAAUGAAGCGAUUUAAAGAUAUGGACUAUUUAUCUGGUGGAGAGAAAACAAUGGCUGCGCUAGCAUUAUUAUUUGCCAUUAACUCUUACCAGCCUAGUCCUUUCUUUAUUUUAGAUGAAGUAGACGCAGCAUUAGACGUCACUAAUGUAGAGAGAAUCGCAGCUUAUAUCAAACGGCAUGCUAGUCCUACAAUUCAAUUUAUUGUCAUAUCUCUGAAAAGCAACUUGUUUUCUAAAUCCCAGUCUGUAGCGGGUGUUUUCAGAAAUCAACGUGCUAACUCCUCAAUGGUCGUUACAACAGACUUAACACAAUAUUCCGACGAUGCGUAA